AUGGAUCAUGUCCAAGAAGAAUAUCAACCAGACAUGUCAAAGUUAUCAGUUGAUCUUGAUGAAGAAUUACACGAAUUAUGGAAACGCUAUCAAAUUAGUGACACUGGAUAUAAAGCAAAAUCAAUUUUAGCAAAUAAUAUUCAUGAAUUGUUCAGAGAUUUAAAUGAAUUAGAAACCGGUUUAUUAUUGCAAAAGAUUCGAAAUAUUUUGCAUACUGGAAUACAUCUAUUUAAACGAUCAUUUCUCACAUUAUCAUUCUAUGAUAUUAUAACAUCAAUUAAAUGUAACAUAUUUUUGAAUGAAUCAACAUCGAUCAGAAAUUCUUAUUUGAUGCGUUAUUUUGCUGAAUGUGAUCAUCGUGUAUCUAUAGUGGUUGCGGCAAUUAAAUGUUGGGCUCAAACAGUCAAAUUAAAAAAAAUAUCUAAUAAUUCAUUAAGUGGUUAUAGUUUAACGUUAAUGGCAGUCUAUUAUUUACAAUCGGCACUAUUACCCCCGAUACUACCAAGAUAUAAUGAUAUAUUGUCUGAUAAUUUUGACUCAAAUAUUGAUAUAAGAAAAUUAGAUAUGAAUAAUGCCUAUGAACUCUGUAAAAAUUCAUUAUUGUUAUCAUCAAAUAAAAUGAAUGUCGGAGAGUUAUUUAUUGGAUUUUUAAAAUUUUAUGCAUAUGAUUUUGAUUUUGUUAAUGAUAUCAUCAGUGUUCGUAUGGCAUCAAAGUUUAGUAAGAAAGAUUCUCUAAAUGAAACAGAUAAAUUCAACAAAUAUAUCGUUAUUGAAGAACCAUUGACUAGUGCAAAUACGGCAAUUGGAAUUACCAGUGAACAAACACUUCAUGAUAUUAAUAAAGUAUUUGUAAAUAGUUAUGAGAAAAUAUGUAAAUUAAAAAGUUUUACAUCACUCUUAACUGCGUUAGCUUAG